AUGGGAGACCCAGCACUAGUAACCAGCCCCGCGCCCAGAGCUGCGCAUAGAAAGGUCUGGACCACCCUUAUCACCAACACAGCCUACCUCUCUGGGCUCCUGACUCUAGACUAUUCCCUCAAAAAAGUCGGGUCCAAAUAUCCCCUCGUAGCACUCUACACGGAUUCAUUCCCUCCAGACGGGCACUUCGCCCUACAAGCCAGGGGUAUUCCAAGCAGACAUGUUCCUUACCUCCUCCCGGCUAUCCACAAGGAUUACAGCAAUGACACCCGCUUCUACGACUGCUGGAGCAAGUUAACCCCCUUCUCCCUCGUGGAGUAUGACCGUGUCGUCCAGCUGGACAGUGACAUGCUGGUCCUGCAAAACAUGGACGAAUUAAUGGAUCUGGAACUCGACGAUCCGAAAUUGAAAGGCGAGGGCUCGCGCGUCUUCGCUGCGACUCACGCCUGCGUCUGUAACCCGUUGAAAAAGCCACAUUAUCCCAAGGAUUGGAUCCCCCCAAACUGCGCCUUAACAACCCAACACGCAGACCCCACCGGCGCACAGACGCAAGGCGCCCCAUCAACCACAGGCCUAGGCGCUCUAAACGGUGGCCUCCAGGUCGUCAACCCAUGCAGCUCCAUCUAUGAUAAAAUUCUAACCAUCCUACAAACCCCCUCAGCGACAUCCACCUACGAAUUCGCAGACCAGUCGUUGCUUUCAGAUCUGUUUCCCGGCCGUUGGGUGCCGCUGCCUUAUAUCUAUAAUGCGCUUAGGACGCUGCGGUGGGGAGGUGUCCAUAGUGAGAUCUGGAGGGAUGGGAACGUUAAAAAUGUGCAUUAUAUUUUGAAUCCGAAGCCGUGGGAUGGAGAGAGGGUCUGGGACGGGGAGCGAGAUGACAAAAAUGCUGUGACGGAUGGGUGGUGGUGGAGGGCUAAUAGGGAGAGGCUGGAGGAGGAGAGGAAGGCGGGGAUUGUGGCGGAUGGGUUUUAG